CUUCUGAAACAAUCUCCUUGGAGCAACCAUCAGAGCAGUGGCUGGGGCACUGGAAGUGUGUCGUGGGGAGCAAUGCACGGCAGAGACCAUCGCAGAACUGGAAACAUGGGGAUUCCAGGAACUAUGAAUCAGAUAUCUCCACUGAAGAAACCGUUUUCUGGUAAUGUCAUAGCACCACCGAAAUUUACUCGCUCUACUCCAUCACUGACUCCAAAAUCUUGGAUUGAAGAUAACGUGUUCAGAACCGACAACAAUAGUAAUACACUCUUACCCUUACAGGUGAGAUCUAGUUUGCAGUUACCCGCUUGGGGCUCAGAUUCACUCCAAGAUAGUUGGUGCACUGCAGCCGGAACAUCCAGAAUAGACCAGGAUCGAAGUAGAAUGUAUGACAGUUUGAAUAUGCACUCUUUGGAAAAUUCCCUUAUUGAUAUUAUGAGAGCAGAGCAUGAUCCUCUCAAGGGUCGUUCUUCCCUCUUUCCAAUAGAUGAUGGUCUCCUUGAUGAUGGUCAUAAUGAUCAAGUUGGGGUUUUAAAUUCUCCCACAUGUUACUCAGCUCAUCAAAAUGGAGAACGAAUAGAACGCUUCUCUCGAAAAGUUUUUGUUGGUGGUCUUCCCCCGGAUAUUGAUGAAGAUGAAAUAACUGCUAGCUUCAGAAGAUUUGGGCCUUUGGUAGUGGAUUGGCCUCAUAAAGCAGAAAGCAAGUCCUAUUUUCCACCAAAAGGCUAUGCAUUCCUUCUCUUUCAAGAAGAGAGCUCAGUUCAGGCACUAAUUGAUGCUUGUAUUGAAGAAGAUGGAAAACUCUAUCUGUGUGUUUCCAGCCCCACCAUCAAGGACAAGCCAGUUCAGAUCCGUCCUUGGAAUUUAAGUGACAGUGAUUUUGUGAUGGAUGGUUCUCAGCCUUUGGAUCCUCGAAAAACAAUUUUCGUUGGAGGUGUUCCUAGGCCAUUAAGGGCUGUGGAACUUGCUAUGAUCAUGGACAGGCUGUACGGUGGAGUUUGUUAUGCAGGAAUUGACACAGAUCCUGAGCUAAAAUACCCAAAAGGUGCUGGUCGAGUUGCUUUCUCCAAUCAGCAGAGCUAUAUUGCUGCCAUCAGUGCUCGGUUCGUUCAGCUGCAGCAUGGGGAUAUCGAUAAACGCGUGGAGGUGAAGCCAUAUGUGCUAGAUGACCAGAUGUGUGAUGAAUGCCAGGGCGCGCGCUGUGGUGGAAAAUUUGCUCCCUUUUUCUGUGCCAAUGUCACUUGCCUGCAGUAUUACUGUGAGUUUUGUUGGGCAAACAUCCACUCUCGCGCAGGACGGGAGUUCCACAAGCCAUUGGUAAAGGAAGGUGCUGAUCGCCCACGUCAGAUCCACUUCCGCUGGAACUGAGACAGCACACCGGCCUCCGUGUGACGCGGAGAGAAGGGUGCGUGUGGCUUACGGUGUCUGAAGACGCGGCCCGCGGAAGAAAUAAGUGCAUUCUUCUGCUCUCCCCCAGCUACCAGUACAUGCAUCUUAUCAGCAGCCAAAACACUACAAGCCUCUUGUUUUUCACCAAAACCCCACAUCUCAGGCUUACUAAUUUUUGUGAUAUUUUCAUGUUAAAAUAAAAUGUUUUUUUGUAUUUUC